AUGGAGGUGGAGAAGCCCAGUAAACUGAUCAGCCGCAUUCUUGUCUCCCGGUCCACGGUGCAUCUUGGGGAGUCGUUUCAAAUCUCGGUGAGGACCGCUGGAAAGAAGAAAAGUAGCAUCCAUGUCGCCAUCAACGGAACUCUUGGCAAAGAGCAAUAUCUCCAGCUUACAGGAAAGCCCGGAAAACGAAAGAUAUUUGUGACGGCUUUUGCGGACAACAAACGUUGCGAGUCCCGGGAGGUUGUGAUAGAGGCAAUCCAACGUUCUGAUUGCGACAAGUUUCCAGAGAUUGAGGUCUCGAAAGGCCAUCAUCAAAACCAUGACGUCGUAUUCAGAGUGUCGAAUGGCAAGGAGGUUGCACCAGACCCUGGAACUCGAUAUCUGUGGGACUUUGGACGUGGUCAGAAGGGAGUUUCGGCUGAGCCUGUUCUGACACAUUCUUUUGAAGACAGUCUUGAUCCAGACUCCCCGUAUACCACGUUCCAUGUUAUGCUUACUGUUGUCGGUCGCAAUGAGACGAAAAUCACCGCAGCGCGAAGCUUCACCAUGUGGAACAGCUACGUUGUUGACAAGCUUCGCGGACUCCUUAAGCCGAAGUUGACUUACGAGUUCCGGGCCCUGCGGGACCAGAAAAUGCUGACCGCUGCAUUCACGGUCCACAAUGUGGAGGACGAGCCUCUUGAAUUCGAUACCCAAAACCUGGAAUAUCUUCGCGACGACCCCGAGGCCGUCAAUCCUAUCAGCAGAGCGACCAAAGUCGACUUUGUGAUAAUUGCUAAAUCAGCGAACACCUACGACUGCAGCAUCCUGCAUGCAGACCUCCCUGCGGGAUGUUUUGGGUACGCUGUGCACCUUACCGGCCAUACCCGAUCCAAAAAGGUCGUCCGCGCGAGUGCUUACUUCGAGUAUUGUGACAACAACCGAGCCCUGAGAGUGAUCCGUGAUCCGAAAGCCAUCCGUGUAUUCAAUGACCUCCGUAAUGACUCAUGUUGUCGCAGAAGAAUUGACUCCUUCACAAGGGUUGAGGUUGAGGAACACCUGCGGCGGGCUACUAAUGAAAUAUCACUCGACACGAUCGACCUGGUCCGAGGUGUAUUGGAUCAGAGGACUCUCGCCAUGAACGGCGGCCGCAGUGGCGUGGAGGACUUCGUUGGGCGGGAGUGCGUUCCCGACGAAGAGCCUCCGGUUGACGGGAUUGUAUGCCAGCUGACGGAAGAAUGGGCAUGGGUGGUCGUUCCUGGUCGUAUCAUCAAUGCUCAGAAGGGAGACACGAUCCUCUCCCCCGGUGGGAACAGCGCCAUAGGCGGCCUCCUGAAGCAAGUCACUCCGCCGCAGAUGUACUCCCAUAAUGGCAUCAUGACUCAGAACUUCUACACAAUUCGUCAUUCUACCGGCUCUACUGCCUGGCUUAAGGAUCACCUUGCCGGCAGUUUCCUUGGAAACAAAGGCACUGAUGGUAUCGAGCCGGAUGCCCUAAAAUAUUUGUGGCCCGGCACUGUCGAUCAAUCCGUGGAGGAAGCAUUCAACGGGUCUCGCUUUCCAGAUCCAGAAGGCAGGACUGACGAGUAUGGUCAGAUUAAAACCUAUCGCAUCGCCGAUUUCAGCGCGGAGCCCUCCAUCAACGCGAAUGCCGAAUUCAUUGACCCUUUGGUGGUGAAACCGCAUCCCUACGACGAAGCGCUUCAUCCAGAGGUCCGGACUAUUUUACACAAAGUCGCUGAAGCUGCUAAAAGCAUUCGCGGUCACUACCGCUUUUUCUGCUAUACGGAUGGACAUAUAUCUGAUCCGGCCUUCGGGGCAGCCUACCGCGCUCCCGACCGAGGCCCUACUUGGUGGGCUUCGAAUACCCUGCCCACAGUCUGUGCAUCCUUUGUCUGGGCCGCAAUGCGUGCAGUUAAAGACCCACAGGUCCGAUUGGAAGGUCGGAACACUUUCACUGUACCGGGGGAUCUCGAGGACAGUGAUAUACAGAGCGGUGCGCAGGUCGACACACAGACCGUGGAUGGUCUGUACCAUUACACGGCUGAAGAGCGCACUACAGCAGCGAACUGGCUCUACAAGUACUUCUACGAUCUUGCCGAGGCCAACUUUCCCGACUGGAUCCCCAACUGGCUCGCCGGAGACGCACCGGACGAUGUUGCCAACCAGGUAUGUAACACGUUCGCUUUCGAUUGGAGCGGCAAAGACGAGGCUGGAAACCACGCCAAGGACUCCGAUCGUUGGAAAGAGCCUGGGGAUGGCCGAGCUGUCUCCCCUAAUGAUAUCAAAAACUGGGAUGCACCCACACAUAGCGAUGGCAACAGCAACGUCUUCCGGGGUGUUUAUGGCCACUCAGAGAAGGUAAUUUAUCGUCCUGCACGCAUCGAGUGGCGCAGGAUCAACCGAUGGGUCAAGACGAAAGCAAAGAGCUUCGCCAAGGGAGAUGUCGCGUACAGGGGGAAUGCCGUCGCUGGAGCGCUUGUGAAGGCCGGCGGCAAAACCACUGUCACUCAAUUGGACGGCACCUUCAAAUUGGAGUUGCCCAGCGGAAGUUAUCACAUCGAAGCCGGGAAGCCGAUAUCUGGCUUAUACGCCGAAGGCUCCUCUGACGCGACUCUGCUGGAGGGCCAGACCGUCGACGUUCGUAUCCUGUUAUCAGAUCCUCCAGAACUCUUCAGGCAAGUCGUCCUCCGGGGUACAAUGCACCUGAAAGAUGAAGAGAACUGGCCUGACUCAAAUGAGUACGCUACACGAGUGAUGUCGCCCAGAUUCAUCAACAUCGGCCCAUACGGCACGCAUGCGGAGCUCGGUUGGAACGAGGGUAUGGGCGGGGAGGUGCGCGCCGAGCUGUAUCUCAACCUUGACUGGAUCCCCGGGUCGUCCAUCACGGUCACUUGGACGCUGAAGCUGUUCGAAGGGACGUCGGAGGCCACGGACGACCUAGACGGCGAGCUAAGCGGGAGCCUCUCCGUCGCGAAGGAUGCAACUCAGGAGCUACCGGUCAAGGUCAAGAACACAGACGAGGGUGACGAUGAUUAUGUCGAUUUGAGACUAUUUAUCUCCAAUAACCGUGCGCCAUAG